AUGGAAAGGACCAGGAACCAAGAGCUCGAGACAGGAAAUGGUUCGCCGGACUUGGGAGCCUUUUCCUUUAUUCACAUCAGUGUCCGGUACAAGAUCUGGGCGUAUCUGGCGCCAGUCUGUAUAGACACAUGGGAUUGCUGUGUCCAGAAAGUAGAUUUGAAUAUACUCGCUGCCAGCUACGCUCUCUAUAAAGAGGUCUCACGCAUCAUUUACGAUGACUCCUGCUGGGAAAGAACAGAAUGGAAGAUUGCAGCGCUGUCUGAUUUCGACCGUUGGUUGGGCAACUUGCCGUUCCACCUGUUCAAGAGGUUGACCAUAAGGAUCUUCCCAUCGGAUCCCAGGAUGAGAACCACCCUCUACUUCCACUGGCAGAGAGUGUCGAUGAUUGCCAAGCUGAUCAGUCAUGCCUCUUCAGCCAAACUCUUGGUCAUGGAUAGAGCAGGGAACCAAACCAUCGUCCACCGGUAUGACCAUGACAUUAUGUCACAUCCCUUUUCGCGUUGCGAAACGUUCGCGACUGGUUGGUCCCAGUCCACAGUGCAGCGUGUCAGUGUGUCUUGA